CCUCUGCUCUGUCCGGUCAGAAACGUGUCUCUGAACUCCUAUAUUACAGAUUGCAAAAUUUCAUUUUCCAUGGUUUGGAAAACGUAAAACAAUCUUUUGAAUUUGACUCCGGAGCCCAGUACAGAAGAUGAUGGCAGGGAGGAUAUUUGUUUUAAUCACUGGCCUUGUGCUUUUCCGCCAAACUGUGUGGUCAGCGGCUGAGUGGUACCCCAAAAGUCUGCCGUGUGAUGUCUCCUUAGCUGGCAAUGGAAUGGAGGUCAUGGUGGACUGCAGCAGCAGAGCUCUGACCAAGAUUCCGACUGGAAUUCCCACGAAUGCCACUAACCUGACCCUCACAAUCAACCACAUUCCUUACAUCCAAAACACUUCUUUCCAAGGCCUGAACAAUAUCACUGAGAUUGAUAUGCGAUGCAACUGUGUACCUAUCAAAGUUGGCCCAAAGGAUCGUAUGUGCACUCAAAGUGUGAUGCUUGAUAAUGGAAGCUUUUGGGAACUCAAGAAUUUGAAGUCUCUUUACCUGGAUGGAAAUCAGCUCUCCAGCAUACCUAAAGGACUUCCACCAAAUGUUGUGCUUCUUAGUCUUGAGGUCAAUAGCAUUUCCUCAAUUCUGAAGGAAAAUCUCACAGAGCUCACUAACAUAGAGUAUCUGUACCUUGGCCAAAACUGUUACUUCCGAAACCCCUGCAACAGAUCAUAUUAUGUUGAGAAGGAUGCUUUUUUUCAUCUUAAUAAACUGACGUUGCUCUCACUUAAGUCAAACAAUUUGACUGAUGUACCGUCAAGGCUACCAUCAAGUCUUAAGGAACUGUACUUGUACAAUAAUAAUAUACAAAAGGUUAUAGGGAAUAAUUUUCAGAACUUGAAUGAAUUAGAGAUCCUUGAUUUGAGUGGGAACUGUCCUCGCUGUUACAAUGCACCUUUUCCAUGCGUUCCCUGUCCUAAUAAUGCACCACUGCAGAUUCAUGAAAGUUCCUUCCAGAAUUUGACAAAAUUAAAAGUUCUGCGACUCCACAGUAACUCUCUCACUUCAGUGCUGCCACAGUGGUUCCAAGGCUGCAGAGAACUUCAGGUGUUAGACCUCUCAAGUAAUUUUUUGGCAAAAGAAGUAACACACACGACCUUUCCCCUUUCAGUGCCUUUUCUAGAAGAACUAGAUCUCUCUUUUAAUUACGAGCUCCAGAGGUAUCCUUCCUCACUAAACCUUUCUCAGACCUUCUCAUCACUUAAGUACCUUAAGAUCCUGAGAAUCAGAGGCUUUGUGUUUCAAGAGCUGACACAGCAAGACCUUCACCCUUUGACCUUUUUGGAUAAUCUGGAGAUGAUUGAUCUUGGCACAAAUUUCAUAAAAAUAACUAACUUAAGCAUCCUUACAAAACUAAAAGGUUUCCAUUUCAUCAACUUAUCAGACAACAAAAUUUCAUCUCCUUCAGAGGAUGAAUCUGCACCUGCAGUGACUUUAGCAUGUGGUUCUUCCAGAGAGGAGAGCACUUCCCCAAUGUCACGAGGCAUCCAGUACCAAAGUGGAGAAGUGAGAGAGAUUCACUAUUUCAGAUAUGACGAAUAUGCACGCAGCUGCAAAAAUAAAGAUAAGGAACUUGGAACUUUGAGUCCUUUCAACUCUGAAUGUAGUUCAUUUGGAAAAACUUUGGAUAUUAGCAGAAAUAACAUUUUUUUUUUACAUUCCAGAUUCUUAAACCUUAAUGAACUCAGGUGUUUAAAUCUAUCAGGAAAUGCUAUGAGCCAAGCCUUAAAUGGCUCUGAAUUUGUUCAUCUCAAGAAUCUGCAGUAUCUCGACUUCUCCCAUAAUCGGCUUGAUCUGAUGUUCUCCUCAGCUUUUCAGGAACUAAGUAAUUUAGUUAUUCUAGACAUCAGUCACAACAACCAUUACUUUGAAGCUGAAGGUUUAACCCACAUGCUAAAUUUUACCAAGAAUCUUACGAAACUGACCAAGUUAAUAAUGAACCAUAAUCAAAUAUCGACAUCCACUAACACAGAGAUGAAGAGUGUCUCUCUGGAGCAUUUGGAGUUUAAGGGCAACCGUCUUGAUAUGCUUUGGAGAGAUGGAGAUACAAGAUAUGUCAACUACUUCAAAAACUUAAUGGUCUUAAAGUCUCUUGACAUUUCUCAUAACAAUCUAAACUUCAUUCCCAAACAAGUAUUCCAAGGCAUGCCAGAAACACUUACACAAUUAAACAUUACAAACAACAAACUGAAAUCAUUUAACUGGGAGGGUCUUAAAUUUCUUAAAAAAUUGGAGUUUUUAGACAUUAGUGGUAACCUCAUAUCGACUGUGCCUGCAAAGCUUGCCAGCUGUUCUGAUUCUAUUGUGACACUGGUCCUGCACAAUAAUGCAAUUGCAAAACUUAGUCCUAAUUUUCUCCAAGAUGCAUUUAGUCUGAAAAACCUGGAUCUGAGCUUUAAUCAAAUCAGGUACAUUGAAGAGUCAAGCUUCCCAGAGAAUGUCAUAAACAAGCUGCAAUCUCUCCUCUUAAACAACAACAGAUUUGUGUGCUCUUGCAAUGCAACAUGGUUUGUCAGGUGGAUCAAUCGCACGUCCGUCAACAUUCCCCGGCUAGCCACUGAUGUGAACUGUGCUUCGCCAGGCAAUCAGCGGGGACAGAGUGUGAUUUUCCUGAACAUUCAGGCUUGCCAGCACAGCUCAUUGUCCAUCAUCCUAAGUAUUGUGACGACCUCCGUGAUCCUGAGUACUCUCAUGCUGGCCAUCUCAAGUCACCUCUUCCUCUGGGACAUGUGGUACAUCUACCACUUCUGCCUUGCCAAACUCAAGGGCUAUCGGCGCCUGCUCUCAGAAGGCACGGCCUACGAUGCCUUCAUAGUCUAUGACACAGCUGACGCAGCCACGAGCAACUGGGUCCUGCAGGAGCUCCGCGUGCAGCUGGAGGAUGUCGGAGAGCCACGGCUCCAGCUCUGUCUGCAGGAUCGUGACUGGGUCCCUGGUUGCGCCCUCGUCGAGAACCUCUCCCAGAGCAUACAACUCAGCCAGCGCACGGUCUUUGUCCUUACUGGACACUUCAUCCGGAGCGGACACUUCAAGACAGCCUUCUACCUGGCUCACCAGAGGCUCAUGGAUGAAAAAAAUGAUGUUAUCAUCCUGAUUUUCCUGGAGAAAUUUUCCUCGUGCUACUCUAAAUAUUUGAGACUCAGAAAGCGUCUUUAUAAACGCUCGGUUCUGGAAUGGCCACAGAAUCCUCAAGCACAGCGAUAUUUCUGGUUCUGUCUCAGGAAUGUAAUGGCAACAGAAAGUCAGCAGCACUACAACAAACUAUUCCGGGAGUCUCUGUAAUCUCUGUAAGGAUAUCAGCUUUUUUUGUUGUACAGUGUGUAGAGAUUUCCCCAAAUGUCCCCGUUAUUGACAGUGAAGCUUUCCAAGGAAGUCUGUUUAUAAGAUAUAAGAA